AGUUAAUGGACAAAGGCGAUUUGUUAUUUUUAUUUUUCUAUAUUUUUUUAAUUAAAUAAUAAUUAUGUAUCAGCUGUAUCUCUUAUGGUUGUUCUUUUUAAAAUUUUUGGAUGCACAAACUGAUGAAUAUUGUGUUCUGUUAUCUUGUGGUGAUACACCAAAUACAGUAUGUGCUAGAGCACUUUGGAAUUGCGGACCAGAUGUUGCUAAAUGUGGUGCUGAUGUUAAAGAUUUAAAAUUCACUCCCGUUCAAAGAGAAUUUUAUGUAGCCGUUCACAAUAAGCUUAGAGCUAAAGUUGCAAAUGGUGAAGAAACUAGAGGCGAUGGUAGCGGCCAGCCUUCGGCUUCUAAUAUGAAUGCUCUGACAUUUGACGAAGAUCUGGAACACGUUGCACAAUGUUGGACCAAUAAUUGUGAAUUUAAUCAUGACAAAUGUAGAAAGACGACAAAAUACAGUUACGUAGGACAGAACUUAGCUGCCUUUUCGACAACUGCUCCGUUUAGAAGUAUUAAUAUAACAGCACGGGUGGAAAGAAUGAUCACAAGCUGGUACAACGAAGUUGGAAGAUAUAAGACGCAGAAGACAUUCCAAAGCUCGUAAGAUAGA